AUGGCUACUAGCGAUCCUCUAGCCACUGAUGACAAACAAAUGGCUCGCUUUGCUGUGAAACCUGCCCCAUUUUGCCGUAGUGACCCCAACCUUUGGUUUUUUCAAUUAGAUGCACAAUUCAAGCUCAGGGGUAUAACACGCGACAACACGAAAUUUUAUACUGCGAUUUCCGCCCUCGACACUGAGGUUCUUCUGUCAGUACGCGAGAUUGUUCUGAAACCCCCCUCGGAUAAUAAAUAUGAGGAAUUGAAAAAUAAAUUAAUUUCAGUUUAUGAGGAGUCUGAAAACACCAAACUAAAGCAGUUAUUACAAGAUUUGCAACUUGGUGAUAUGCACCCAUCCCAGUUAUUGUCAAAAAUGCAGGAGCUUGCGGGUGACAAUGUUUUACAAUCAUUGUGGUUUAAUCGUCUCCCGAACAAUAUCCAAGCUAUUCUUGCCUCCAGUAACGAGAACCUACCCCAACUGGCCCAAAUGGCAGACCAAAAUUCAUGA